AUUUCUCAUCAGCAAAUAAAGAGAAAACCCCCAAAAAGGCCAUCUGUUAGAUUAGGGUUUCUGGUCGGCUAGUAGUACAUAAGGCGAGGAGCACGGCAAGGGAGGCGAAGCUUGGGAGAUGGGUGCGCCGAAGCAGAAGUGGACGUCGGAGGAGGAGGAGGCGCUGCGUCGCGGUGUGCUCAAGCACGGCGCCGGCAAGUGGCGUACCAUCCAGAAGGAUCCUGAGUUCAGCCCCGUCCUCUCCUCCCGCUCCAACAUCGACCUCAAGGACAAAUGGAGGAAUUUGAGUUUUAGUGCGAGUGGACUGGGUUCAAGGGAUAAAAUAAGGGUUCCAAGGAUAAAAGUCCCUUCGUCCUCCCCAUCACCUAGCCCGCAGCUUCUGCUUCUCCCAGCCCCGGAUAAUGUUGCUGAAGCUUCUCCACCUGAAGAUAUUGAAAAAAACCCAGAGGAUGACAAGACUUCGGUGCCAAAGUUGUAUAGUGCCAUGAUCCUAGAAGCUCUCGGCGAACUGAAGGAGCCAAAUGGAUCAGAGGUUACGACAAUUUGCAACUUCAUAGAGCAAAGGCAUGAGGUGCAACCAAACUUUAGAAGAUUGAUUUGUGCAAAACUACGACGGCUUAUAGGCGUCAACAAAGUUGAGAAGAUUGACAAGUCCUAUAAGCUCACUGAUGCUUAUGCAAAGAAACUUCUUGCUCCAAUGAAAGAUCCAUCUCAAAAGAAGAAGGAUCCAGCCAAGCCAUCCAAGGCAUCAAAGAAUGUAGGUCUGUUUCCUGCUGCGAGUCCUGCACUAGAAGCAGCUCAAGCUGCAGCUAUGAAAGUAGCUGAUGCAGAAGCCAAAGCACACAUUGCAAAUGAUCACAUGAUGGAGGCUGAAAGGAUCUUCAAGAUGGCCGAGGAGACGGAGUCUCUCCUUACGCUCGCGUCAGAGCUCUAUGAUCGAUGUUCAAGAGGAGAGGUACUCACAGUAUUGCAAUCGGCGCACAGGGAAUAUUGAUAUCAAAACCAUCAGCCGCAUGCCAACAUUUGUUCUUUUGUACAUGGAUAGGUUGGGCGGGCAGCGGGCUUGCCGUCUUGCCCGCAUUGUUGCUAUGUUGUAACUUAAAAGCAGUUCGCUGUGGAUAUUUAACUUGAGUGCAUUUCACAUACUGUCUGUCAUAACGAUCGUAAUGUGCAUCUCUUUUGGCA